CCAACUUCCAAGACGUCCAAAAUUCGCACUGGUCCUCUGAUUUUCUUCUUCAGAAUCUUCUUGGGAUACACGGAAUAUCUAUCAUGCUACUUAGUUGUGGUUACCCGUCCGACAGCUCACUAAUUCACUACCAGCAGCGGUAGCUUGCUCGCUCCCUCCCCCAUAGAAAUACGGGGCCCACGCGUUUUCGUUUUUUCACGGUGUGUUUCCUAGGAUCGACCAACACCAACAAGUUGAAAAAAACCAAAGUACCAACGUUGAAACAGAGUUCUUCGCUACCCACGUUUAUCGCGAGUCGCUGGACGCUCAACGGUUCAUGGAUCAUGGUAACCGUGACUCCCCCACUGUGGUUAAUAGUAGUCUCUAGCCGAACACUCUAGGCGCAACAUCACAAAGAAAUCUUCGAACCUAUUGUACUCGUACCAUGAGCACGACUAUAUUCUUCGAAGCAACGGGUCGACUGCGCAGCACCAACACACACUGAAACUGCGGAUUUCAAUUUGCGAUCCUUUCUCUGUGCUCUUUCCCCCAGAGACACGACGAAACGGGGGUUUCGGGUUUGAGGCACCCACACUUCAAGUUACGAGUAACUGCGGAUCUGUGAUCUUUCUCUUUGCUCUUUCCCCGCCCACACUUCGAGUUGCUGCGGAUUGAUAGAGAUAGAGAUAUUAGAAAGCCAACGACUUGUGACUCGGAGUCUUGGGGGAAAUUCAUAUUCAACGGCGCUCGUUUACCAAAUAGGUCCACGAGGGGUCAUUUUUUCCCUUCCCGCUUGAACCAAGGGCGCCGUACGCGUAUCACAUUCAUUUUUCGAGUAAGGCCUCAAGGCCUCAAGCCGAGUCUUUCCACGAGGAUGGGUCCAGUGUAUUACCCUUGAAGAACCCAUGCGGCCCCCCACUGCCACCCUGGGUAAUAACGAUAACAUAGGAAGUAUUGGAAGGAGGGAAUAAAAAGAGAUGGGUCGGAAUGGCGGUAUGAUAGGGAUCCCCCACCAUCGUUAUCGUUGUCGUUUUCACUACCAAGAAUCGACCCAGAAAAUUAACAGAUGGUAAUGGUCGCGAAGUUCAAUAACCUCUUCACCUCUGUCUUCAUCGCGGUUUUGUACGCGUCCGGGUCCUACACCAUGGGCAUGGUUGCCGCCACGCCCAUGUAUUCCACGGAUUCCGGACACGGACGCGAGUCGACGAGUUAUCAUGGACAUGUGCGCAGUGUUGGGGAUGGGAGGGUGAAAAUCAAGGUUUACCAUCCAGAAUCUGUGUAUACGAUCUAUGGGGAGGGAAUGGACGUUCCGUCGUCGUUUGUUGAAAUGGGGAUUGAAAACAAGACUGUUUCGUUCGUUUCUUCGAAGCUUGGUCUUGAUAUCGAGAAGGUGGGGUUCAAGUCGGGGUUUAGUACGAGUGCUCAAGGGGGGACUUUUGGGUAUGCUAGGCAGAUGCAUGAUGGUAUUCCGUUUGUGAAUGCGGUUGCGAAUGUUGCUUUUAAAGAUAAUAAGGUCGUUGCUUUUGGUCAAUCUUUUGUUGAUACGAGUAACAUUGCCGAUUCCAAGCCUUCUGUAGAUGUGAGUAGUGUCGUAACCUCGGUGGAAACGACGCUGCAGGGCAAGAUGUUGAAUGAGGUUCCGCCUUCACUUGGGUAUCUCGCCCGUGAUGAUGGGAGUGUUGCCCUCGUACAUAUUUUCCAAGUGCAAAACCGUGAUGCCCACACGUGGUAUGAGGCGUAUGUUGACGCGCAUUCUGGAGGGUUGUUGUCUGUUACUGAUUUUGUUGCGGAUGCAUCUUACAAAGUCAUUCCUGUGUGGAAGCAAGAUCUUACUGAGGGAUUUGAGACUCUCAUCGACCCCCAACUCGCAUCUGCGUCCCCGAAAGGAUGGCAUGAUAACAACGCGACUGCUGGUAACAACGUUCUCGUCUACAAAGGUCCAGAAACCAACACCACCGUUCAAUCCAGCGAGAUCGACGCACCACCACUCACAUUCGCAUACACCUUCGAUCCCGAGCUCUCACCAUCUGAUGGUCCAAAUGUGGAUGUCGCCCGAACGAAUGCGUUUUAUUUGAUGAAUAGUUGGCAUGAUACGCUUUAUGAGUAUGGGUUUACGGAGAGUGCGUUUAAUUUCCAGAAUGAUAAUUUUGGGAAGGGGGGUGUUGGGGGUGAUCGUGUGUUGUUGAGUGUACAGGAUGGAAGUGGGGUGGAUAAUGCGAAUUUUGCUACUCCUCCUGAUGGCCAAUCGGGACAGUGUAGGAUGUUCAUAUGGGAUGAGACGAAUCCGAAUCGCGACGGCGCGCUUGAGAACGAUAUUCCUAUCCACGAGAUGACGCACGGUCUGACCAACCGGAUGACGGGUGGGGGUACUGGCAGUUGCUUACAGAUAUUUGAAGCUGUUGGUAUGGGAGAAGGGUGGUCCGAUGCUGUUGCUGAUUGGUUUGCCCACUCGGACAGUCCUGAAAUCACAGACUUCGUUCUCGGAGCGUAUGUUACGAACAAUCCCGCGGGUAUUCGUACCAAGCCCUAUUCCACUUCUAUGACUACCAAUGGAUACCGGUAUUCUGAUAUUGCUAAUAUGAAUGAUGUACAUGAUGUUGGAGAAGUCUGGGCUAACAUCCUUCACAACCUCUACGCCGAACUUGUGGGCGCGCAUGGGUUUUCGGAUACGGCACGUACCAGUGCACAGGGAACGGAGGGCAAUAUUGUUUUUUUGCAGCUCCUUGUUGACGCGCUUCCGCUUCAGCCGUGUAAUCCUCUGUUCUAUACCGGUCGUGAUGCGAUUAUACAAGCGGAUGCUAAUAGGUAUGGAGGUGCGAAUAGGUGCUUGUUGUGGAAGGUGUUUGCUAGUAGGGGUGUUGGUGUUGGUGCGAAGAAUCGGAGGGAUUCGAUGGAUGUUCCUGAUGAUUGUUAGGC